AUGGAACACAUAGGUGCUUUUCUACGUGUCAGACCGCUGCUACCGCGAGAGGAGGCUCAGGGCGAGGAGGUGUGUAUUGUAGUACAAUCUGGUGGCACAAAAGUAAAUGCCACAUCCCGCGGCACACGCGGUGCACAGGACCAAAUUCACACCUUCGACAUGGAUUGUUGUUUAGGCCCUGAUGUGAGCCAAGAGGAGGUCUUCCGCGCAUUAGACCUGCACGCCAUGUGCGAUGCUGCUUUUGAGGGGAAAGCCGCUACCAUUAUGUGUUUUGGCCAAACGGGCAGCGGCAAGACGUACACCAUGAGCGGUCCGACGGAAGGGGAGGAUGGCAGAACAGCUGAGAAUGGUAUUCAGUUCGAAGCUGUAAGGUAUGUCUCAGAAUUCCGUGAAAAGGCUCAGUCUGCUGGAGAGGUUGAGGGAAGGACCAUAAAAUUGCGGGCAUCGUACUUGGAACUGUUCAACGAGCGUAUUAACGAUUUAUUGAAUGGAACAGAGGGACUCAAGUGCCGUUGGUCUAAGGGCGCGGGAUGCUUCUUUGUUGAGGAUCUAAUGAUUGUCGAGUGCUUAGACAUUAACGACUUCAUGUUGGUGCUCCGAGAGGGGCAGGCAAGGCGGAAGCGGGCAGCACAUUUGCUGAACGAAGACAGUAGCCGCUCACACCUUAUCUUCACCAUAUAUGCGGAGGUCAUUGAUGGAGAAAAACCUGCGCGGCGCGGUAAGCUUACCUUCGUGGACCUUGCAGGCUCCGAGCGGCUGCGCGACACGGGAGGUGUAGGGGAGGACACAAAGUCCAUUAACCGCUCACUCUUUGCUUUAGGAAACGUCAUCGAGCGGCUCUCAAAAGGUCGCUCAGCCGGCCAGCGUGCCGACCAUAUUCCGUACCGCUCCAGUGUAUUGACGCAGCUUCUAAUGAAUAGCCUUGAUGGGGGUUGCCGGACCGUUUUGCUGGCGUGUGUCACGCCCUCUUCGAGGUUUGUGGAGGAGUCACUCCGCACCAUUUACUUCGCUCAACGCGCGCAGAAAAUUCAGUUCAAGGCCGUAGAGCGCGUGGACACCGCCCAGAAGGAGGUAUACGAUCUGAAAACGGAAAUACGCAGGCUCCGGGAAGAGAACCUGUUGCUUAGGCGAGCGCUUCACCUGCCCGAAACAGGGGCGAUUGAUCCUGCAGCGCUAUAUGCGGGCAGGCCUGAUCCACACACUCCAGCGGGCGAGGUUGAGAAGUCUCGUCCAAUUGCUGCUCCCAAGCAUGCGUCUCGGCGAUCCCCCGGUCCUUCCUCCUCAACAGAACUUUUCCGAGAGGGGCGACCACUUGAAAUAUUGAUGAGCCCCGGAGAUGGAGUGCGUAGGUGUCAGAGUAGUGAUGCAGAGCCGAAAUCCUCCGCCUUGGAUAUUCUCAUGGGCCUCCCCAACAGCACUGAUCUCGUGGGACAAAGGCAAAUACCACCACGGGAAAAACUUCCCCUUUUGCAACGAGCCCCCGUACCUAAGACUUUAGGGUUUCAUAUUAUUCCAAAGAAGAAUAGACUUUUCGGGCCACAAGCCUCAUAG